UUUUAUGGACCAGUCUUGUACGAGACGUCCCAGUGUAUGCAUGUCAAUUUCGCGCAAUUCGUGGCGAAACGACUUUCAGUUUUUGCUCUCUUUAUUAACUCUGGAUUAUUUCAAAACUUGGUUAUUGUGUUGUGCGUAGUGUGCUCAACUGACGUAUAGUGUUGGAUCUUUCAGUGCUUGUGACCUAACUGUACUGUCCAGUUCAUUGGCGUCGAUCCUCGAAAUCGCGAGGUGAAUGCUGAGAACGGAGCCAGAACGCAUACGUGGAAGCAAACCGGACCAGAGGUACUUCGAUCUGGGUGUGAACCCUUCGCUGCUUCAUCAUUGGAGUUAUGUAAACUUAAUAGCUGACGAUUAAGGAAAUUCUGUGCAAUAGUUAAAUUUUAAGUGCAUACUUGGAUCGUUCAGCGAAGUGAAAGUGUGAACAAGUGAAGUGAGACUUAUCCCGUGUGAUGUGCUACAAACAAAAAGAAUACAAUUAGUUUGUGUUUUAUGUGAAAAGUAUUAUUUUGGACUUACAUCUGGAUUAAUAUUUAAUCUAAUGGAGACUACGGAGUCUUUACGCAGAACGGAGACAUGAACGUCAGGGGUUGCCAUUCUCAUCAACCAGGAUAGGCAAGGUUUCCAGUGGAAACAAGGAUCGGAUUAUGGAUGGUUCGUUCAACAAUGUUAUUGAAGGGACGCGCCAAUAUUUUAUGGGAGUGCCUAAAGCACAAGAAGGAUCCGGUCAGUCAAUGUGGCCAUCGGGAACUCCACCGGAAGAGGGAACUCCAGCAAUGUCAGGGGCACCAGCGCCGACGUCUCGUCCACCAUCUGCGGCAGCAGCGCCGCCUUCCACGCCAACACCGACACCAGUGGUGCCGCCGCGACCUCCCUCUGAGCCGAUAGAACCGGAACCUCAUAUAAUACACAAAGCGACGGUGAUGAGAGAGGCUGCGGAAAAGCGCCGGGAGCAACCAGACCUUGAAGAUGAGGAAGAUCCUGUCGGGGCCAUUUCGCCUCCUUCUCAUAUCAUACGUAAACCGACACCACAUACCUUACCAUCACCGGCGCCAGCACCUGCGGUUCCUUGUCCUUCCCCAGCAAGGCCGCCAUCGUCACUUCCAAUUCAACAAUGUCAACAGCCGGAGCAGCUAGAAUCUCCGCAAUAUCGAGCUUCACUGCAUCAAGUGCAAACACCUACUACGCGACCUAUAGAAGACUUCUCUUCAGGACGCCCACCAGACCCUUACCCACAAAGUAGACCACCUGAAACAUACGCUCGUUAUCAGUAUGAGUCUUCAGCUCCAGACAGUAGCAGAAAUUCUCAUGGACCUCCUGUUCCUUCGCCGCAGCCGUCUACGAUUCCGCGUCAGAGUCCGCAGACAUACGCGCGUAUUUCGGGGACCAUGACACAGCAUUCAGUUCAUCGGUUAAAUGAAGCUAAUACGUCUAGUCCUCCUGCGCAAAGGUAUUCUAUGCCACCUCAAGCGCCGCCUCCACACAACGAUCGGGUUCCGCCUAUUUAUCAUCCACAGGUCCUACCCCCUACCAAACGAAUAUCAACAUCUGCAAGUGUGUAUGCAUCUUUACCUCACAGACGCGAACAAUCAACAUCCAUUUCGCGUUCAGCAUCACAUUUUGAAAGACAUGCUUCUCUUCCGCAAAGAAAGUAUGAUCCCCAACAUACAUAUUCUGGAUACCGGCCUGGUUCUGCUUCGUUGCAACAUAACAUGGCAAACCAUCGGAUGGACCAACAUCAAGCCCUACCGUACAAACAUAGUGUGCCAGAUUCCUUAAAUUCACACUACACCUCGAGAUCUGAUCGUAGUUCAGCACCUAUUCAGCCACAUCCUCAGGAUCCUCUUAGAAUUCAAACAAGAAUGGACUAUAUAAGCAAAAAUGGAUCAGUAGAUACAAGAAAUAGUUACCAUUAUCCUACACCCUCUACAUCAUCGUCGAGAUAUCAUCCUAGUCCAUCAGUACCAGUUGUGCAACACAAUUCAGCGACGUCCGUAAGAUCAUCUUAUCGGCAAGCAGUUGCUCCAAAGAGUAAUUAUUCGUAUCCUUCCUCAAAUCAUACAAAUAUGCAAACAUCGCCGUCUCGAUCUGCGAUCAAGUCAAACUAUCCAAAUCAGCAAACACGUAUGACGGUGUCUGUGACGUCCUUAGUGAAUGAAUUGAAUCUAACCAAACAAAAGCGAGAAUCGCCGUUAGAUCUUUCGGUAAAAACAGUUAAAAAUUCAGCAGAUUCUUCCACAACUCAAGACGACGCCAUAGAUUCUGCGUCCAUAGAGAAUAAAUCCUUACCGAUACAACCAAGACAACAACUGUCAAAUAAUAGACAUGCUUUAACCGAUCGCUUUGUAUCAUCUCAUAAAGUCGACUUUGCCCCGGAUUUUGCACAAUAUAGGGAACGUGUUCGAUAUGCUACUGCUUCACAACAAUGUAAUCCACCACAUAAUCCACCACAGAGGUAUAAUGUUCCGUAUGAAACUUCUCGCCCUAUGGGCGAAAAUUAUCCAGCAGACUCUCGGCAAAAUGUGUACGCUGAAAGGGCAAAGUAUAACAGUGCUUCCAUGAGUAGAAAUGAAUAUGUCCCCCGAAUCGACUUGACGAGAACGGUUACUGAUGAGCGACUUGUAGACGGUCGAAGAAGAGAGGAUGGAAGAUUUGAAGAACGAAAACGUACUGCAGGUCCAGUUGUCAGCAACAUUCCAGAAAAAAUUAUGCGUCGUGAGGCGUGGCCGGCUGACACUCGAGAAAGACUAAGUCAGUCAGCUAGGGAACAGCGGGAUCUUAUGAGCCGCCCGGUAUAUGACUAUACAAGUCAUAUGUCAAUGAAACAGCCUGCACACAGUUACCAUGAUAGUCGUAUGUCUGCCAAUCAACCCUAUUCCAAAGGAAUAUACGCAAUGGAAAGUUCCAGUAAAGAAACAGCUGAUUAUCGUAAUCAUUAUCACGAAAGAUAUGCUAAUCGGCACAUCAUACAAAAAACAUCUCAUCGGGACAUACAUCAGCAUCAUCUCAAUUUGCCCAAUGGCAUACCACAGGCAGAAAAAAGCAAGGUUCUAAGCAUACUUAGAAACAGUUUAGAAACAAGACAAUCCGCUUCUUUAGAAAACGUUAAACCAAGCACAAUUCCAGAACUUAUUGUUAUAGACGAUGUAGACGAUUCUGUUAUAGAGAUAACUGAUUUAACGAAAGAAAAUGAGAAAGAAGCUCAUAAUAAAAAUCAUUAUAGAGUAGGCGGAAGCAAAGAGCCUCCAAAUCUUGGGAACCAUAUUCAAAUGCCGAAAGCCGUUGAUUCAAUACCUUGUGAUACAGAUUAUCAAAAAGUAGAUAAUGCUGACUCUAAGAGUAAAUCACCAGAAAACGAUGUUGCAUCAAGGAUUAGAACUAAGGCUGAACUUAAAGUUAUGCCACCAUCACAAGACUCGGUAAAAUUGGAAUCACGCCCAAAAACUACAUUGAUUAAUAAUACCGAAAAAUCUCUUCCAAAGUCACAGAAGCAACAUUUGUUUAACCAGAUUCGGCAAGAUAAUCUUCGGUUAGAAUCGGUUGUACUAAACCACAAUUUAAAUGAGGUUGAUAUUUCCGAAGUUAAAUCGGAACCUAUGAACAUAGAAGAAAUAGAAAAAGACGCCAUGUUGUCCAUUAAAACUGAAAAUAUAAUUGAAGAAGAAAUUCUAAAUAACUCUAAAGGUGAUGUUGACUCUUUAGAUAUGGAUUGGGCCAGUGCUUGUGAUAGCUUUAUGGAACAAUUAGAAACUGGCAACCAUAAAACGAAAGCUAAUGCUAUUGAAAUAGACUUAAAUUGUAAACAAGAUAUUGAAGCAAAAGAUGUAACGAAUAUUAAUAAAAUAGAAGAAUCUGUAAAUAUUGUAGAAAACUUCACGGACAACACAGCACCUAUUAUAAAUAUAAAACAAGAACCACUAGAAGAAGAAGAAACUAAACCUUUGGAUGAACUCUCUCAAGAAUUACAAGAAACCGUUAAGUUAAAAGAAGAUAAAAUAAUUAAAUCCAAAAAGGUAGAAAAGUCACUUAUCGAUAAAGCAAUUAAAAACAAAACCUUAAAUAAGAAUAAAUGUAAAAGAAAAAGGGAGUCGACAACCUCAUCUCCUAUUAAACCGGUCAAAAAAGAAAAGGAGAAAAGUAUUGCUAUAAAAACAAUAAUAAAACAAGAGACUGAAUCAACUGAUGAUGACGAACCUUUAAUAAAAAGUAAGAUUUUAAAAGAAAAAGAAAGAAGUGAACAAUUAAAGUACCAAUUGCUUAAAGAUCUGUCUGAGAAAUCGGCUAUUGUUAAGCUUGAAUGUUGCAAUAGUACAAGAAUGUCAAUAGAGUCUACUCAAACUAAAGAUAAUGAAGACAAACAAAUUAAAUCCAAACAAACAAGAUCGAGUACAAGAUCAAAGAGUAAAUUGUCUACUGAAAAUAUUAAGAAUGAACCAAAUGACGAAUCUAGUACAGAAAGCGAAGUAGAUUCAUUGACUCUAUCGACUAGACUUAGAACGCGUAAGAAAACUAAAAGUGACGAUAAAACAAUACCUAUUAGUAAAACGUCGGUGAAAUCGUCACCGUCAAAAAAACUUGACAACAGUAGUGCUAGUAAUAGAUCUACUCCUGUGCGAAAAUCUGGUUUUGGUGAUGGUUCAGAUUUCCACCCUGGCUGGGAAGAAGAGCUGUACAGAUACAAAAGGUCACUACGCAUGCCCACAAGACUGAUAGCUAUUCCAAGAGGCCGUUCGGAUGGCCCAUUUGUUAAAGGCACUAAUUCACAGUUUCCACGAGGCUCCACGUCUCUGCCGGACUUAGACCCUGUGCCCCUGUCUCCAGCUCCUUCAUCGGCUCCAUCAGUAGUUACAGAUGAAUUAUACAGACGAGCAGAAAAAACAAACUUAGAUAGUGACUUAGAAUCAAAUUCCAGUUAUUCUACGCCUAAUAGAUUACAUUAUGAUUCGGAAGCUUCAACGUCGACCGUAAUAUCGACAACAAAACCUAGGAAAAAUCGAAGCUCAAUUGUAGAUGAACUCAUAAAGAAGUGUGGUAGUAGAGAUUCUUCCAGGAAAAAAUUUAAAGAAGACAAAAACCUCAAGAUGGUAACGAAAUCGUCAAACGUGACAGAACUGCUUCCUACACCAAGUUUAGGUUUAGUUAAAAAUGGCCACAAGACUAACUUGGGUGGAAAAAAAGAAAAAAUAUUAGAGGACAUAUUUUACUUGGGAACUUUCAGAAAAGAAACGGUCACCGCAUUUAGAGAUGCUUUUAUUAAAGAUACUAACGGCUUAAUCGGUGCGACCGAAGAGUUUGCACCAUUGAUGUUAAAAUCAAGGACAAGGACAGAAAGCAGAGUUUUAAAACAAAGAGCAACUAUUAAGGAAGUAUUUGGUGAUGAUAGACCCGCUUCCGCCCCACCAACAUCUUGUAGAGAAGAAGAAGCCGAGGAGACAGUUAUUGAAGUAAAAAAGGAACCUGAAUGUAAACCCAAAAUGAAGCCGAAAAUCUCGAAAGAUAAACUAAAACGACGCUCAAAUUCAAUUAGAGAUGGCUUGAGAAGCACAGCCUUAAAAAGGAAUGAUGCUAAGGGUCGAAUGAUGAGGUUGAAGAAGAGAAAUAAUUUACUCAAAAAUAUGUCUGGAAAACGAAUAAAGGAAAUAUGUAGUAAACCAAAAAAAGAAAAAAGCCCAGUACUUGAAGAGAAAUCAACAACAAAGGAGGAAGGUACUUCAAUAAUUACUUCAGAAGGCCCUGCAAAGAAACGAUUUAAGCGUUUAUUUGGAAGAAGAAAACUUAGUUCAGGCUUUGAUUAUAUAAGGAAGAAGAAGAAACCGAUUAAAAAGGAAGAAAAUGUUAACAAAGUACGCCGUUUGGCUCCUAAACCAAGUCCGGAAUCCGUCCAUGAUAUUCAAAAAGAGAUUAAAGGCUGGUUCAUUAACAAAAGUAUUGGAGAAACCCAUCUACACCGGGCUGCCAGACUUGGAUUUACAGAUUGCGUCGCUUACUGCUUAGAAAAGAUGGAGUCCGAUCCAUCUGCAAAGGACAACGCUGGUUUUACUCCAUUGCACGUAGCGGCGGCUAGAGGACAUGUCAGAAUCGCACGAUUACUUCUACAAUAUGGUGCUAAUGUUUCUGCUGCAGCACAAGGAGGAAUCAGGCCCCUGCAUGAAGCAUGUGAAAGUAGUCACAUAGAAAUUAUUCGUCUACUACUCUCCUAUGGGGCGGACCCACUUUUGGGAACAUAUGCGGGCCAAACGCCAGAGGAGCUGGCUGAAGGUACAGCGGCAAAGCUACUUCGCCUUUACAUAGCAGAUGUGCAGGGCCUGUCAGUAGACCCCUGGAGAUUUCCGCCACCUAGCAAAAUUAUUGAUCGAGAAGAGAUGGGAUGCGAACCCCUAUCUUUCCCGCCACCCGCUUCGCCUCCUACCCCUGACUCUACCAUAGAGAUACAAUGCACAGACACCCCUCUACCACCGUUCUAUAGUUUGCGGACUGCUACUGGCCAGCCAGCGGAUGGUUUAUGGUGUCUUUUACAGGAUGUAACUAAUAUCUUACAGAUAAAAUCAAAGGAGUCAUUACUGAAACAGAUACAUUGCGGGUCAGGUUCACCAAAGGAGCUACUCCGCGAGAUAAGAACACAAGAGUUUUUAGAGAGAGCCCAGUGUCACCAACUUCUUUGUGCUGGCGAAAAAGUCAACAUACGGGCUUCAAAGGUCGCAUUAAUACGGGUUACAGAUAAACUGAGGCAACUUUUGAAAAUUGAGACUAUACUUGUCAGCUGACAAUAAACAUAAAUUGAAAGAGCACCGCUCUGACGUAUAACUUGUAACGAUACAUAACCGUCACAUUGUUAUGUCAAAAAUUUUACACUAAUAGCGGGAUUCUUUUCUGUUUUAAUAUGAUCUAUGCCCUAUGACCAUGUUUGAACUAGCACAUAGUAGGUAUAAUAUCUGUGUUAGUUUCCUAGUUAUUGUCAAUUUAAAACAAUAAUUUAUUUAUGAACAAAUUCGAGAUUGGAAGGCAGCCACUAUUUAAAAUUUUUGGUGUAAAAUAUUUUUAUGUAUCUUUGUAAAUAAUGUAAAUAAAUACGCAGUUGUAAAUAAUAAAUGUCGCUUUAACAGUAUGAUAUUUUAAUGGGUGCUAUUUAAUGUUGGUGUAUGGUAAAAGCUAGUUUAAUCAGUAGAUAAAUAUGUGAGAAUGAUAGAUAUUAAUUAUUUAGUAGAUAAAAAAGUUACCAGAAACUAAAUUUAAACUAAGAAUCAUUUAAGAGUAGAUUGUGCAAUAAGUCAACGCGUUUUACGUUUAAAUAGAUCAAUUUAUAGUUUUUACUGAUUACGGAGAAGAAUUCACAUGGACAAAGAUUUGAACAAAUUAAAAAAUCAAUUCAUAUUAGUUAUAUUGCAAAUUUUUCGAUAUCAUCACAUUGUUAAGUAUUUUUGUUUAAUGUCACUUGGCUAUUCACUUAAAACAGUUAUUUUAAUGUUUUAGUUAUUCCUUCGUGCUAAAUUUUUGUUCGUUGUUAUGUUUUCCUAUUUGAUAUUUAUUAGUUGUCAUUACUUAUGUUAAAUAUGGUCCAAUAAUAUAAGAAUUAUCAAAAUAGUUAUGCAUAUCGAAAAUAUGUUGUACAUAAGAUAACAAAUUAUUUUUUAAAUUAUUUUAAAUGAAUAAAAAUUACCAACAAUAAAGCUUGAAUAACGUUAUUUAUCGAUACAUUUUCACAUGCUCAAGGGUGUUAAUAACAUAUUGGCAAUAUUGUUCAAUGCUACUUGUGUUUGAUGUUCCAGAGAGUAUUAAUAUAUUUCUGGUUACUUUGUUUAACUUUUAAAUUUUGUAUGUAGUUGGAUGUUCCAUAGUAAUGUUAAAACCAUACAUAAUAUUCCGCCCUAAUAUAUGGAAAGGAAAACUAAGAAGUACACGAUUUAACUGUGAUGAUAUUAUAAGAGAAUGCGCGGAUUGUUGAUAAACUUACUUUGUAAUUGAUGUUUUAUACAAUGGUAUACAAAACACUCGUGUAGUUUGUGUAAUUACUGUCAGUUUUAGCGAUACUCUAUGCUGUAAGUAUUAUAAUGAUUAAUGACACAAUAUUUCUUGUUGGUAAACAAUAAAAAAAUAAAAACUAAAUAAUCUUAA